UCUAGGAGACGGCGCUGGCCGGCUGCGCCUGCGCGGUGGACGCUGCUGUGGGCGGGCUACGGGCGGUGGCUCUGGCCCACUGAGAAUUCCUGCUGGGUCCCGGUCGCUGUCGCCGCCCGGGGUCUCUCGCCUUAUGGUACGCCUGUAAGGCGGGCUGCCGCAGACGUCCCCUAGCGAUGGAGCACAUCCGUACGACCAAGGUGGAGCAAGUGAAAUUACUUGACCGAUUCAGUACCAGCAACAAGUCAUUAACAGGAACACUGUAUCUUACGGCCACGCAUCUAUUAUUUAUAGACUCUCAGCAGAAAGAAACCUGGAUAUUGCAUCACCAUAUUGCCUCAGUAGAGAAACUGGCUUUGACGACUUCUGGAUGCCCACUUGUGAUUCAGUGCAAGAACUUCAGGAUUGUGCAUUUCAUUGUUCCCAGAGAAAGAGAUUGCCAUGAUAUUUACAACUCUUUGCUACAACUUUCAAAACAAGCAAAAUAUGAAGAUCUCUAUGCAUUCUCUUAUAAUCCCAAGCAAAAUGACUCAGAACGACUACGAGGCUGGCAACUCAUUGACCUUGCUCAGGAAUAUAAAAGGAUGGGAGUGCCAAAUUCAAACUGGCAGUUGUCUGAUGCCAACCGAGACUACAAGAUUUGUGAAACUUAUCCCAGAGAACUUUAUGUUCCCCGAAUAGCAAGCAAACCAAUAAUUGUUGGUAGUUCCAAGUUCCGCAGCAAGGGAAGGUUCCCCGUCCUUUCCUACUACCAUCAAAAUAAGGAGGCUGCCAUUUGUCGAUGUAGCCAACCACUGUCAGGAUUCAGUGCCCGGUGCCUGGAGGACGAACAUUUGCUGCAAGCCAUUAGCAAAGCCAACCCAGCCAAUCGCUAUAUGUAUGUCGUGGAUACCAGGCCCAAACUGAAUGCAAUGGCCAACAGAGCAGCUGGAAAAGGUUAUGAAAAUGAAGACAACUAUUCUAAUAUUAGAUUUCAGUUUGUUGGAAUUGAAAACAUUCAUGUCAUGCGGUCCAGCCUUCAGAAAUUAUUGGAAGUCAAUGGUACCAAAGGCCUUUCUGUCAAUGAUUUCUACUCUGGUUUGGAGAGCUCAGGAUGGCUUCGCCAUAUCAAAGCUGUCAUGGACGCUGCAAUCUUCUUAGCCAAAGCAAUAGUGGUUGAAAAUGCAAGUGUUUUGGUACAUUGUUCCGAUGGCUGGGAUAGGACUUCUCAGGUCUGUUCCCUUGGCUCUCUUUUAUUGGAUUCCUACUACAGGACAAUCAAAGGAUUCAUGGUUUUAAUAGAAAAGGAUUGGAUCUCCUUUGGACAUAAAUUUUCAGAGAGGUGUGGCCAUUUGGAUGGUGACCCAAAGGAAGUCUCACCGGUGUUUACUCAGUUCUUGGAAUGUGUGUGGCAUUUGACUGAACAGUUUCCACAAGCCUUUGAAUUCAAUGAAGCGUUUCUUCUUCAGAUCCAUGAACAUAUUCAUUCAUGCCAAUUUGGAAAUUUCCUUGGAAAUUGUCAGAAAGAAAGAGAAGAACUCAAGUUAAAGGAGAAGACUUACUCCCUCUGGCCAUUUCUUCUGGAUGACCAAAAGAAGUACUUAAAUCCUCUCUACAAAUCUCAGAAAUUUGCAGCUUUGGAGCCAAAUACAGUAUCUUUCAAUUUUAAGUUUUGGAGAAACAUGUACCACCAGUUUGAUCGAACAUUGCAUCCCAGGCAGUUGGUGUGUAAUACAAUUAUGAACAUGAAUGAGGAAAAUAAACAGUUAGAGAAAGAUAUUAAAGACUUGGAAUCUAAAAUUAAACAACGCAAAAAUGAGCAGAUAGAUGGAGUUCUCACCAAAGACUUGUUACACACAGUUCAUCCUGAGUCACCUGCCCUCAAAACCUCCCUGUGUUUUAAGGAGCAAACUCUGCUACCUGUGACUGAUGCUCUUCGAACUAUAGAGGGCAGCAGCCCGGCAGAUAACCGGUACAGCGACUACGCCGACGAGUUUUCCAAAUCGGAGCCUGCCAUGGUCAGCGUGGAGUACGGCGUGGCCAGGAUGACUUGUUAGACUUGCAGUGUUUCCUGGACAGACUGUAACGCGAGAAGUGGAUGUUGUGAGGAUGGUCUGUGUGCGUGACCAAAUGGAAUAGUGAUCUUAGAGGGCAGCAGGAGGUUAAUAGUUGAAGAAAGGAUAAUAACUGCUCUCGUGAUAGAGACAAGUCAGUUUACUUGCAUUUCUAGCAAGGAACAUGACUGUCUCAGUUCUUUAAGAAACAAGUCAUAUUGGCACAUUUACUCAAAACACAAUUUGCAUUGUAUACUAGUAAAUCGACAUUCUGUAUGAUUUAUGUAGUAAUUACAGCCAAAUAUGAAGAGCCUUACUUAAAUAUAAUUUAAUUGCCAGGAAACAAAAUUUGACAAGGCCGUCCCUUCCAUAAUAAUUGACAUGGCAUGUACUUUGGAUUAUGUAACCAUGUAACUGUGAAUAUUUACAGGUUUUGCCUAUUAGUGAUGUUUAAUGUUGAAGUGCCAUGAGAAAUAUUUCUAAGAAAGCCUUAAAAUCUCAGUUUAGUCUUUAAUUCCGAUUACAAUUUGCUUUGUACUACAUUUGAUGACUUGCUGUCUACAACUUAGGUUAUUGAUUUUUUGAAUAUGCCUAAGCACAUUUGACUGUCUCUUAUGUAUGGAUUACUGCAUUCUGUCGAUUAUAUUUUGUGGUUGUCUUUAUUCCUUUGAUAAAACUGUGUAAGCAGAAAAAGCUAAAGCUCUAAAACUUCUUAGAAACAAUGAGUAGUACCUGUACUUUUAAACUGUUUUCUCUCUCAAUGAAUUACUCCUCUUACUGAGACUAUCUUACUUUCAAUUUACCCAAACAUUUUUGGGUGAAAACAAAAGGGAAGUAUAGAUCAGUUAGACUUUCCUUGGUUUGAUGAAUCUUAAAGUAGUCAUUUCUGUGUGGAAUAUUAUUUUCUGUUAAUAUAGAAGAAAAAUAGGAAAAUGAAGGAUAGCCUAAUACAAAGUUAGUGUUUAACAAACACGAUUUAAUUGCUGGGAAGAGUUUCAUUUUGCCUUGUUAUGUUAACCGUUUGUUCUAUGUACUGGUACAUAUCUUUAAGUUCCACAAAAAAAAAAAAAAAAAAAUCACUUACAGUUGAGGGCCUGCCGGGCUGGGGCGACCACAUUCACACAGGGCCUGGAAGCCUGAGGUCCGGAUUGCCGAAACCAGCUGGCUUCAGAACUGAAAAUUUAACUAACAUGGGUGGCACAAGGAUGAUUCAAGGGUACUAGGAGAUCUGCACAGCUUCGCUCGUGCUUCUUUUUAUUACACCUGUAUCUAUUAUUAGUUUUGAACAUAAACACCUUUUUCAAGUGAAAGAAAGCUUUGUUGUAUUAGAGCUUGUCUAAUCCUGUUUAUUUUGCCAAUGCUUUUCUGUAUGUAACACAUUAUGUAAUAGGAAAAACACGCCUUUUUAAACUGUAACAGAAAUGCACUAUAUAUAAAAUAUAAUUUGUGAUAUUUAAGCACUGGGACAGGAAACUUAAUCUUUGUGACCACAAAGGGAAAGCUUUUGUGCCUUGUUACGUGGUUCCAGUACUGAUUGUGGUUUUAGAAUCUUUAAAGAGACUUGAAAGUCUCGUUAGGGACUUCUUAUAUUCAGCUCUUUGGUUUAUUAUCUUAAUUUUCAACUUGAGGCACAUAUAUGUGGUUAUAUGCUCAGCACACAUGGCCUGAGAGAUCAGUUAACAUCCGAAGUGACCCUAUAGGGAACAUGUUGGCAAAAAGCAUAUUGUGUAUAUGUCUUAUAAAAUUGAAUUUAUGUUCAGUGUGUUUGGGAAUGUAUAGCAUGUAAAUUAUUUCGUAUAUUAUUUAAAGGUAAUUAAAGUUCAUGUUUUACUUUGAA